UCCUACCACUUGAAAAACCUCCUGUUCAACCUGCAACGACUAUGGAGGUUGGUUGGCUCUAUAGUUGUACCUGAGGAGAGAUCAUGCCUUCUCACUCAGGUGGCUUACCUUGGUUUCACAUCCUCUCUCUUUUCAUUUUAUUCUCCGUCCUCCGUUCGCCAUAUGAGAGUCAAGCACACGCGAAUGCUGAAGAAAGACGGAGAAACGCCGCGCAGCAUCCAGCAGCAGCGCUACUAGCGGCCGCCAAAUGGAAAGACUCCCCGUAAGUUUUUUGAUUGUGUACUGUUCGUGUAGAGCGAGCGUGAGGCCUCACCUGCGUGGGUGUGCGGAGAAGCCUACCUGACGGCGUCCAACACGCAGUAAAACCGCGCUCCUUUCAAGAAAUAUAGAAUACCCAACGGAAAAUUUUUUACUUCUAAUCUAAUAAAGAAGGAAAUCAUUAUCAUCAAUAUUUUGAAGAUCUAAAAAUGUGCUGUGAAUUUUAACUCUCGAAUUUUAACAAGUUUUGUUGUAUAGAGUGAAACUUAGUGCCAAGGUGAACUAUAGGUGUGCCAGUGUGUGUGUGUUAGUGUGCCCAUGUGUAUAAUAUGCCUGAAUAUGAGUGAAAUAGUUUUUCACAACAAGAAAAACCACUUUUUGGUUCACUUUUCGGUUCAUGCUCGGAUUAGUUCUAAGGAUCUAGAAAUACCAAUGGAGAUCAAAGCAGACUUGGAUUAAAAAUUCCCUUCACUUCUUUUACAAAUCAAGCUUGAAGCAUGCCGACAGACCUAGUGGUAUCGUCGGCCUCUGCCGUCGAGGACACCUCCAGAGGACGAGACAUGUUGGGCAACAGACCAUCGUCAAGUUCCUCAUCCAAUGCUGGACCAUCAUCAUCAAGAAGUUUCGAUCCCUCAGGAGCAAUUGCAGCCUACCAUCAUCAUCACAGUUUAGUGGCUGGUCUUGGUCAUCCACAUCAUCGGGAAUCUUCUGCCUUUGUGCCUGUCGUACCCUCGAGACUUCAUCUAGCUCCUUAUCCAGGAGAGAUGCAUCACUUGUCCGGUCCACCUCCCUCCGGUUCAUCAUCCUCAAAUCCCGAUCACGAGGGUCCAGAAUCAUCAGGAAGAAAGACUUCGUCAAGCUAUGAAAUAAUGGCAAUGAUGGCUGACAAAAGAAAGGAAUUGGCUGCUAGGGGUCUUCUCCUACCUCCUCCACCUCUCUUGGAACCACCUCCCGGAUAUCCUGUCUUUCCAGGACCAUUUCCCGGUAGUUCAGCUCUCUAUCCACCCGGUGGUCCCCUCGCACAUCAACAUCUCGAUCGUCGACUUCUCAGAGCUCCUGGAAGAGCCUCCAGACCCAAGAAGCAAUUUAUCUGUAAAUUCUGCAACCGGCAAUUUACAAAAUCGUACAAUUUACUUAUUCACGAGAGAACACACACUGACGAGAGGCCGUACUCCUGCGAUAUCUGCGGCAAGGCCUUCAGAAGACAGGAUCAUCUAAGGGACCAUCGGUAUAUUCACAGUAAGGAAAAACCGUUCAAAUGCGGAGAAUGUGGUAAGGGUUUCUGCCAGAGUCGAACUUUGGCGGUACACAAAAUUCUUCACAUGGAGGAGUCUCCCCACAAGUGUCCAGUUUGUGCCAGGAGUUUCAAUCAACGUUCGAAUUUAAAAACCCAUCUUCUAACACACACGGACCAUAAACCCUACGAGUGCACCUCUUGCGGCAAAGUGUUCCGAAGAAAUUGUGAUCUGCGACGACACGCCUUGACCCAUGCAGUUGGUGACGUACCCCCUGAAGCACUGGAAGAAGCCCUACGAGACGAGGAUAGUCCCGAGGAGGACGGUGGUCCCGAACCCCGUCCCUCAACAUCCUCUUCCUCAUCCAGUUCAUCCACUAAUCCUUCCACAUCCAGUGGAACCUCCAAUUAUUCUCAACCACCAUCAGUUCAGACCCCAUCAAGACCACAAUUGCAAAUUAGAAGAGAUCUUUUACAAGUGAAACCGUCGCCAUUAACGAACAGUGUAAAUCUCACUGUUACCCAGAAUCCACCACCUCCAUUGCCACCGCCUCCGCCCUUAAUUCUGUCGUCAUAUCGACGAAGACUUGGUUCACCGGGACCUUCGCGGGUUCUUCUGGAGUUGCAGGAAAGGGAGAAGGAGAGGGAACGAGAAAUGGAGAGAGAAUUGGAAAGAGAGAGACAAUUCGAGAGACAGAGGGAGAAGGAGAGAGAGCGUGAGGAGGAAGUUAGGCCUCCUAGAGCACCUACUCCGCAACCACCUCCACCUAGACCAGCACCAGUGAGGCAGGGAUUCACCAUUGCCGAUAUUAUGCGACGGUAGAGUUGGGGAAUUAUUGGUAAUGUUAGAAAUCGAAGUUGAUUCUUGGGUGUCAAUUGAGAUUGGGAGUUCUUUUUUCAGGCGAAUUCUGAUUUUGGUGAACUUUACUGAUGCCAUAGAAUUAUUGCUGUAGUAACUGCUGUAGAAUCAUUGCCAUAGCAAACAUUGUUAAUAUGGUAGCAACUUCUGUAGAAUCGGUACCAUAACAAGUGUUGCUAUGGUUACAGCUACUAUAGCAACGGUUGCAAUGGUACGGAUUUUAUAGCAGCUGCUACCAUUAGAAAUGCUGCUACAGAAGAGGUUUUCUAGUAAAGGUUGCUUAUGGUAACAGAUGCUAUAGAAUCAUUUCCAUAGGAACUGUAUUUCUAGUAAUCGUUGCUAUAGAAGCAGCAGCUGCUGUAGAAUCGUAACCAUAACAAUCAUUACUAUAACAACAGCUACAGCAUCUUCUUUGUUGCAACAAUUGUAGCAGCAUUCGUUGCUAUGGUAACAGUUGCUAUAGGAUAAUUUCUGCAACAACUGUCUCUGUAGUAAUUAUUGCUAUGGAAACAGCAACAAAUAAUGUUGUAGUAGCUGUUACCAUAGUAACGAAUACAGCAGUUCCAGCUGCUACAGAAUCAUUAUCAUAAAAACCGUUACUAUAGCAGCUUUUACCAUAGUAGCUUUUAAUGCUGUAUUCAAUAAUAUGGUAACAGCAUGCCUACUAAUGGUUGUUAUAGCAAUGGUUGAAAUGGUACCGAUUCUAUUUCAGUUGCUGUAAUAAAAGAUGCUGCUACGUAAUCAGUUUUAUAGGAAAGGUUGCAUAUAGUAGCAGCUACUUUAGAAUCGUCAGUAUAACAACCGUUACUAUAUCAGCUAUAACCAUAGCAGUUUUUACUGCUGAAUUAAAUAAUAUGGUAACAGCUGCUAUAGAAUCUUCUCUAUCAACAGUUACUAUGGUUACAGCUGCUUUAGGAUCAUUUCUGUAGUAACCAUUGCAAUGGUAAAAGCUGUUAUAGUAACGGUUGGUAUGGUAAUGAUUCUGUAGCAACUGUUACUUCUGCAUUCGUUACUAUGGUAACAGAUGCUACAGAAUUAUUUAAUUAUUAUAUUAAUAGCUACUGCAGAAUCGUUUCCAUAACAACUAUUACUAUACUAACAGCUCCUGUAGAAUCAUUACCUUAACAACCGCUACUAUGGUAAAAAUCACUAUGAUUACAGUAACCAUUGCUGUACUAAUCGCAACCAAACCCAACCUUUGUCAUGCAUUUAUUAUUCAAAUCUUCAAAGUAUUUAUACUUUGCAGAUUUGAAUACUAAAUGCACGACAAAGGUUGGUUUUGGUACAUCAAAGUAUAAAUACUUUGAAGAUUUGAAUACAAAAUGCGUGGCAAUUUAAUUUUGAUUCAUCAGAAAAAAGAAAAUCCGUUUCCAUCUUCUCAAUAUUCGAAAGAAUCGUGUCAUUCAACAUAAAGUGAAGGCAAUUAAGUACAAUAUUCAUUUUUUGAAAUGAAGUAAAUUUUAAUAUACAAGGAAAGUAAAUUAAUGCGUUUUAUAAGUGUAACACUAAAAACGCUAUUUCCGUUAACUUGUUAAUAGAUUAUUAUUAAGAGAGCGUUGGCGUAGAAAGCGUUAUUCAAUCUUAUUUUCUGUACCUCGAGAGCUGAACGAAUUUAUAAUUAUACAAAAUCAUUAUCUACAAUACCCACGCAAAUAAAAAAAAAAGGUGCAAUUCUUAAAUAAUUUUUCCAGUGAUAUUAAAAACCGGUGGAAAAGAAAACUUAGUGUCUUAACAUAAUAUAGAAAAAGAAAUGUUUUCUAGUUUUUAAUGAAUGAUAUACGAUCAGUCAUUGUAUCUUAUACUAAGUAUAGGGGUGGACAAAAUAUUGUAAAAAAUGUACUUAAUGUCAACUUUUUUAUAAACCGAUAAAGAAACUAUUUUUUAAAAUUAAUAAUUUGAAAUUAAUAAAUAAUAAAUAAUAAAGUUGGUUCACU